AUGGCUACUGAGAACGACCAAGUCAUCGUUUCCCCUUUCGAGACUGAGAAAGAUGUCGAACAAGGAUAUCACUGUAUCUCUCAAGCAUUCGGCGCUCAGGCAAAAGACGGACUUUGGAUGAUGACGAACCUUGGAUGGGACACCCCAGAGGGAAAAGACAUCCACACAAAACGUUUGCUGCAACGAUGGCAAUCUGUCAAGACGAACAAAGAUGGAAAACCCAACACCGUUUUCCUCAAAGCAACCCUCCCUGAUCCGAAUAACCAGGGCGAGAGACGUGUCGUUGGAGUUGCCAUCUGGCAGCAAUUUUCCUUUGUCGACGGCUACGGCGAUCCAUUCGACAGCGAUGUCUCCGAGCAUCUUGGCCAUUUCGGCGAGCAAGAUGGGCGUUUCGUACAGCAAAUGACUCAUUCGCUAUACAAGAGACGCAUCGAGUACAUGCGUGAAGUCGAAGCGUCCGGUCGCAACCCUCCUGCAAUCUUCACUUUGGACCUGUGCACCGUAGACCCGGCAUACCAACGCCGCGGUAUCGCUGGUAAGCUAGUUGAAGCAGGUCUCGCCGAGGCAAAAGCACGAGGCGACCUGGAAUGCACUACAGAGGGUAGUGCCAUGGGAAGAGCACUAUAUAGGAGAAUGGGGUUCAAAGACGAAGAGGGUAAGGGUGAUAUCCAGUUUGAAGUGGAUGAUGAGUUCAAGACGCGGAAUAUGCCGCCCAACGUCUUUCUGAGGACCCGUGCUUGA